AUGCAUUACCAAACCGAAUCAUGGGGUACCUACUUGCCAACGACAACAACAGCAAGCUUCAACGACGGCCCAUUACACCGUAUAGAGCAACUCGCCGGCGAGAAUGCCGUCGUGAUAUUCAGCCUGAGCGGCUGCUGCAUGUGUCAUGCCAUCAAGAGGCUGUUCUGCGGCAUGGGAGUUAACCCAACAGUCUACGAGCUCGACCAAGAACCUCUGGGGAACGACAUGGAGAAGGCACUGAUGAUGCUGCUGGGGACUUCUUCGCCGGUGCCGGUGGUGUUCGUCGGCGGAAAGCUGGUGGGUGCCAUGGACAGAGUCAUGGCUUCCCAUAUCAAUGGCACCCUUGUGCCUCUUUUGAAGGAGGCGGGUGCUCUUUGGCUCUAA